AUGGAUCGGUUUGCACAUAUUUUCUACAUCGAGAAGGAUGUCAAGGGGGCUUUUGAUCAAUAUGUUGCAGCGAAUUAUGUUCAGCAUAAUCCGAAUAUCCUUGAUGGGAGAGACGAAGCUAUUGAAUCCCUGAAUCCAUUAUUCAGUGAAGGAGGGGAUACAUUCGAGGUUGCGAGAGUGAUGGUCGGCCUGGAGUACACAACAAUUCACAUCAAGGCAUUGACGGAUGGACAGGCGCCAUACAAUGUUUAUGACGUCUAUAGAACCAUUGGCUCUUGCAUUGUGGAACACUGGGAUUGUAUGGAAGAGAUCAUGAACCAAACAGUUUCCACUCAUCCUUACUUUUGA